AUGAGAAAACAAGAUGCGCGCGGCAUCUUCGACUUCGACUUCCUGAGCCUGGACACUGCGGCGACCACCCGCACCCUCGAGGCUGCGGUGACCCCCGUUCUUUCCCUCCCAGCCAAGGCUGUGGAAACGGAGGUGCCCAUGCUGGAAGCGAACGGCGUUCACUCUGCCGUCGUCCCGUCAUCCGCCAAGGAUCGCGGCCCGAAUUCGCUUGCACCGUAG